AUGAAGCAACUGUUGGCGAGUAAGAAGCCUGCCAAGGGCCACAAUGUUGGAUCGAGUAAUAACAGCCACCUUUACCGUGCAGGAGGCAUGUUCUUGAUGCUGAUGGUAUCGAUUGCUUCUAUUUUUCGUUUGGGGUUUCAACUGGGCAAGCAGCAAGGGCCAACAACAGCGGCAUCCUCACAACAGUCUUCUUCUUCCAUUGACGGAAUUUCCUAUCUCACCACUCUGGGCAUUCCCCAAGGAGAAGCACAGGCAUUACCAUCCAUCCGUGUCUCGGACGAAGCGGUCAAUCAUCAAAUCGGCGGCACUCAUUACGGCGGCAAGGGCGACAAGGAACAUUUGGGCGGUUUUACCAAAUACGACGCCCACGGAGUCUCUCCCGCAACGUGGCGUUAUAUCGUGGAAACCUUGGGCGUCAAGUCCGUCAUGGAUGUGGGUUGUGGCAAGGGCGUGAGUACUCUGUACUUUCAUCACGCGGGUGCCAAAGUGUUGUGUCUGGAAGGAAGUCACGAUGCCGUCACACACACGCUCUUGCCGGAUCCAUCGACACAAGUGGUGGAACACGAUUUUAGCCGUGGCCCCUACUGGCCGGCCGAAACAUACGAUGCCGUCUACUCGGUGGAAUUUCUGGAACACGUGGGACGCAAUUUUCAAUUCAACUACAUUCAAGCCUUUCGCAAGGCAGCACUCAUUUUUGUCUCGCACAGUCAAUGGGGCGGAUGGCAUCAUGUGGAAGUCCAUCAACGAGACUGGUGGGUGUCACGAUUUCAACUCUUUGGAUUCACAUACUCGGAGGGUCUCACGCAAAAAGUCAAGGAUGUCUGUCUGCAAGAAAAAUUCAAUGCCGACAAGAAUCGACACAAUGCGAGUGAUACGUACGCUUCCAUUGGGCCGAAUGGGGAUGUCUAUGAUGCUCAGCACAUUUGGCUCAACUUGAUGGUCUUUAUCAAUCCGGCCGUGGCAUCACUGCCCAAACAUGCACAUUUACUGGCGGAACCAGGGUGUCCCAAUGGUAGAGAUGAAAGCGGAUGGCUCCAACGGCAGUGUGACAAGACCAAGGGGGAAACGGAACUGCCAGAAUCCUACUUGCCACUGAAAGUGACCCAAGAACAACAUCAAAAAUGGUUGGAUAAAAUCAAAGCAGCCAUUGCCUCUUCGGAUGGAACAAGAUGA